GAGAGAUCUCAUCAUGCUCCACAUGUAAACAUAUGUGCGGAGAACAGAGCAACGGGCCCGUUUGAGUUUUGGAGGCUUGAAUUUGGCUGCAGGACAAAGAGGAGAAAAUGCUGUCUCAGACGCAGGCUGAAGAGGCGAUGGUCUCUAGCUUCACCAACGCCGGAGAGAGAGGCAGAGCAGUAGGAGAAGACGAAAAGGAGCAAACAGAUGACUCCGGCUCUGGCCUCAAGAGCCUCCUCUGGCAUGGCGGGUCUGUGUAUGAUGCUUGGUUCAGCUGUGCCUCCAAUCAGGUGGCACAGGUGCUGUUGACGCUGCCCUACUCGUUCUCUCAGCUUGGGAUGCUUUCCGGGAUAAUUCUGCAGAUCUUCUAUGGCAUUCUGGGGAGCUGGACGGCGUAUCUCAUCAGCGUGCUCUACGUCGAGUACCGAACCAGGAAAGAGAAGGAGAAUCACAGCUUCAAGAACCAUGUCAUUCAGUGGUUCGAGGUACUGGAUGGUUUGCUGGGUACCUACUGGAAAGCCAUUGGGCUGGCUUUUAACUGCACCUUCCUCCUCUUUGGAUCAGUCAUCCAGCUCAUAGCCUGCGCAAGCAACAUAUACUACAUCAAUGACCAUUUGGACAAGAGGACAUGGACGUACAUAUUCGGAGCAUGCUGCGCGACCACCGUGUUCGUCCCCUCCUUCCACAACUAUCGGGUUUGGUCCUUCCUCGGCCUUGGCAUGACCACCUACACCGCUUGGUACUUGACCGCCGCGGCCCUCGCUCAUGGCCAGGUUGAGGGUGUGACCCACUCAGGACCUACCAAGCUGGUCCUGUAUUUCACCGGCGCCACCAAUAUCCUCUACACUUUUGGCGGGCAUGCCGUCACAGUUGAAAUAAUGGACGCAAUGUGGAAGCCGAGAAAGUUCAAGUACAUAUAUCUGCUGGCCACACUAUAUGUGUUCACUCUCACGAUUCCAUCGGCGACGGCGGUGUACUGGGCCUUCGGCGACCAGCUGUUGACCCAUGCCAACGCCUUCUCUCUCCUCCCUCCCUCGGGGUGGCGCGAUGCUGCUGUCAUUUUGAUGCUCAUCCACCAGUUCAUAACAUUUGGGUUCGCGUGCACUCCGCUCUACUUUGUGUGGGAGAAGGUGAUAGGGGUGCACCACACGAAGAGCAUAUUCUUGAGGGCGCUUGCCCGGUUGCCGGUGGUGAUCCCCAUCUGGUUCCUGGCCAUCAUUUUCCCCUUCUUCGGGCCCAUCAACUCCGCCGUGGGCGCCCUCUUGGUCAGCUUCACUGUGUACAUCAUCCCUGCCGCCGCCCACAUGGUCACUUACCGGUCGGCCUCCGCCCGGCAGAACGCAGCUGAGAAGCCCCCAUCUUUCCUGGCGAGCUGGACGGGCAUGUACGUGUUGAACGCUUUCGUGGUGUGCUGGGUCUUGGUGGUCGGGUUCGGGUUCGGAGGAUGGGCGAGCAUGACCAACUUCAUCAAGCAAGUGGACACAUUUGGGCUCUUUGCUAAGUGUUACCAGUGCAAGCCACCUUCCCCAUCACACCAUUGACCUCACACUGAACUUGUAAUUUGGGUUUGCUGAUACUAAAAUUGGCUGCUGUGAUUAGGAA